AUGACAAGUCGCCAGAAGGAGUUCUGCAAGUCCCUCACUCAACAGCGACUGAAGCUGAAGCGGAUUCACAGCUUGAUGCGUCAUCAAUUCAACCUACCUGCUGACGCUAUGCCACCGCUACGAGCUGUACAAAAUUGCGUCAAUUACCAUGCCCGCAAAACUCUUGGGAACAACGAUUUCUACGACGACAUUGCUGCGUUUGUUCGAGAGCACUUCUUUACCGGAUAUGAAGAAGAAACCAAGCCGUUCAUAUUUACGUGGUCCGUUGACAAUGAUGCCCGACCUUACGCCGGCGAUGGUGGAGACGCUGAACCAUUUUUCGUCGGCAUUCCAACGAAGCAGCUUCUCAAACGACUGGACCGACCCCCCCCCCCCGAGGACUUUGUCUUAUACAUGGACGCGACUUUCAAGCUCAGUCAAGUUGAAUACCCAGCUUUCGUAGUGGGUAUAUCAGAUGGAGCCGCCAGUUUCCACCUGGGUGCAGUGUUCGUGGUUUCCCAGCGCUUGACAAACAUUUACACUCUCGCCCUCGCAUCGCUUCGACAAUUUUACACGGCUGUCACCGGAAAGAGCCUCCAUUUGCGGUUUGUGAUGGGCGAUGCAGAGGAUGCCCAGUACAGCGCGUUUGCGGAUGUUUUUGCGCGAGACUCGAGCUACACGUACCUGAUGUGCUUCUUUCACGUGCUGCAAAACGUCCAAAAGAAGGUACCCGCUGCCUGCCGUAGUGAAGUGAUGAAGGACAUCUACGGGAUGCAUUUUAGCAGCUGUGAAGUCGAGUUUCAGCGCCACCGAGAUAUGGCCCUGACGAGAUGGAGAGAUGAUCCGCGAACGCAAGCGUUUUCCGGCUACUUCGAGAAGCAGUAG